AUGGGUGUCACACGAACAAAAACCGUCAAGAACAAGCAUGCUGGCCCUGCAGGCGGCGCAAAGUCUUCCAAGCGAUCUGCCACAGAGGGCGUUACCAAGUCCAAGAAGCCAAAGGGCACCCCGCCGUCCAAGCAGGUCAAGGACAAGGGUCGCGAGGCGCUUCUUCAGAAGUUCAAGAACUCUAAGAAGAAGAAGUACACGGACGAGCAACUUGGAAUCCCGACUCUCAACACUAUCACCCCUGUUGGCGUUGUAAAGCCUAAAGGCAAGAAGAAGGGCAAGGUUUUCGCUGAUGACCAGGAGAGUAUGAGCACUAUUAUGGCUCUUGUCCAAGCCGAGAAGGACGGUCAAAUCGAGUCCAAGAUGAUCAAGCAGCGUCAGAUGGAGGAGAUUCGCGAAGCGCGCAAGGUCGAGGCCGAGAAGAAGGAACAAGAGAAGAAGUCUAAGCUCGAAGACACCAAGAACUCUCUCCGAAAGUCAAGGAAGCGCAAGAGUACCGGUGACGAGGAUGCCAACGUCAAGGAGUUCUCUACAGCGGGCACCAAGGCGGCCAAGGGCAAGGGCAAGAAGCGAGUGUCGUUUGCCUAA